AUGUCAUCCAACGGAAAUACCCAAUUCUGGUCAAGCCUGCUCGAGCUGGACGAUGAACUCGAGGUCACACUUCUUCAAGAUAAGGAAGUGUGGAAGGCUGCUACAACGUGGACCAAUGCAUUCGUUAAUGACCCUCUAAUCCGGUACUUGCGUGAUAAUAAACCCCUGACCCCUCGUGAAGCUAAGGCGCAAAAGGUGUUCAUGUCAGGGUUGCUCCUUGGCUGGAUCCGUCGGAAGAUCGCCAUCACUAUUAAUGGAGGCGCUUCCUUGGUCGUUGCCACUCCGGCCCCGUCGUCAACAGGCCCCGGAGGCCCUAAAGACAAGUUCCUUGACUGGCUGCUUAACGUUACACUCAAGUUCAGUGAGAGGAUAUCCCCCAGGGAGAGGCGGAGAAGGCAGAGAGAGGUUAGGGACAAGCUUAGGCCGAUCAUAGACGAGAAGAUUGCGCCUCGGCAGAACGACAUGAUCCAUGUUACCCUCGUCUGCACAGAGCCUGAAAGCCAGGGGCGAGGUUAUGCCAGUGCACUACUUGACACCAUUACACGCCUGGCAGACAUACUAGGAGUAGCAUGUUGGCUAGAGUCCAGUAACAUUGCCAAUGAACCUUUCUACAACUCUCAUGGGUUCAAGUCUGUCGGGAAUGCUGUUGUCGGGGACCAAAACCCGGAUUGGGGUGAAAAACCAGUUAUUGUCCAAAUCAUGAUUCGAGAACCAAUAUUGUAA